AUGUACGAUGUCACAGACCGCUCCUCUCUCUUCGCCAUCGUCUCACCAGUCCCACCGCACAUAUACUUCCGCCCCAACGACGUUCGCCCCAACAUGCUGCCCUCGCCUCUCUCCGAAACGCGCCCCUGGGAAUCACCGGCGGUGGUACCUUUGGAUCAGCUGGGAGCGGGCGUGAGAAAGUACGAGGCCUGGUGCAGGAACACAGAGCCUCCCAACGCGUGGCAAUCGUGGGGCAUCCCCAUCCUCAUCACCCUCUUCGCCCUCCUCCUCGUGCUGCUCGUGGUGGUGGCGGCUCGGAUUCAGCGAGCCCAGUUCUUCCAGACGCAGCAGCAGAUGGCAGUUGCAGACAAACUGAGGAAGGAAGCAGAGGAUGCAGAGGCAUCAAAGAGCAUGUUUGUGGCGUGCAUGUCUCACGAGCUCCGGACACCGAUGAUGGGGAUCGUUGGCAUGCUCGAUGCUCUAGCAGACAGGAGUCUCCAACCCCCUCAGCUAUCAGACCUCCUCACCGCACGAGGGUGUGCAAUGGAUGCACUGCAUCUGGUCAACCGCGUGUUGGACCUGGCGAAGCUGGAGGCAGGCAAGGCGGUGGUGGAUGAGACGGUGAUUGACGUGCGGGAGUGGCUUGAUGCAGCAUUGGGCUGGCACGCAGAGGAGGCGCGCUCCAAAGGCAUUGCGUUUUGCGGCAGUGUGGACGACGGUGUUCCGAAUUACAUUAUUGCGGACCCGAUGCACCUCUCCAAGGUUCUCAAAGAAAUCAUUGGACUUCCCACAGCCGCCCCUCACCCACCGACUUCCACUCUCACACGCUGGAAGGCUGCCUGGUCUUGCUCUGCAUGGGGUUCCCUGAAGGACGCUUUCGGGAGGUUGCCAGCAGCAGCAGCAAGUGUGACCAGCAACACCUUUUGUGGAUCAAGGGAGGGGAGUCCCGAGGAUGGGGAAGGGGAUCGGUCGGGUGUGCUGGUGGUGUCGUGUCGCGACUCGGGAUGCGGCCUGCCGCUGUCUCUGCUCGGAGAGUUGCACGAGGCAGGGAGAGGAUCCGGAGCAUCGCUUGGGCUCGUGCUCAUGCACCAGAUGGUGACUCUAAUGAAGGGAGAGAUUGCCUUUGCUUCCCAACCUGGCUGUGGGUCCACUGUGGCGUUUUCCGUGCCCGUGGCCGUUCCCUCAAUACAAGAACGCUGCUCGGAUGAGAAACCAGAAGUGUUAGAAUCGCAAGAGUUGCAGAGUCAGCAGCAGCAAGGGGAGGCGUCAUGGUUCUCGGCGGAUGAGGCGGUGACGCGGGCGUGGGUGGGGGGGCUGCGAGUGCUGGUGGUGGACGACACGCCCGUCAACCUCCUCGUGGCCCGCCGCUCCCUCGCCCGCUGGGGGGCGCUUGUGACUACUGCCUCCCGAGGGGAGGAGGCGGUAGAUUUGAUCACUGCUGGGCUGGUAGUUGGGAGAGGGGAGGAGGAGGCGAGAGGGGAGGAAGUGGGUGCAGUGGUUGGGAAUGGGGUGCUGGAAGCAAGAGGGGCGGUUGGUGAAUUAAUGAGAGCAGGAGCCGGGGGAGCUGGGGAGAUGGUUGAGAGUAAAGGCAAGGGGAUGGCGGUCGGGGAGUUGGUUGGAAGUAGAGGCAAGGGGAUGCUGGUAGGGAUGGCUGGGAGCAGUGCAGAAGCGGUAGCGGAUUGUAGAGAUGGUUAUGGGGCGAGGGGAGCAAGUGAAAGAGGAGGGGAUAUGAGAGGAGCAGAUGAUGGUGAAGGGAAUGAAAGAGAAAGAAAUGGAAGAGGAGGGAAUGAAGAAGGGGGUGUAUCAAUAUGUCAUGCGUUCGACUUGGUUCUCAUGGACCUGCAGAUGCCGGGCAUGGACGGUGCCGCUGCUGCUGUUGCUGCUGCUGCUGCGUCUUUGAGUGCUCAACCAGUCUCCCUGCGGGUGCCCAUAGUGGCUCUGACAGCAGAUGUGGAUCGCGGAGUGGUGCAGAGGUGUGCAGAGGGGGGGUUUGACGGUGUGCUGCAGAAGCCAGUGGAUGCCCACCUGCUCGCCGCCCACCUCUCCCAAAUAAGCUUCCACCGCUCCCUCGGGCACUAG